AUGCUUGGUUUAUGGGUGGCUGUGCCACCUGCAAGGAUGUCCACAAUCUCUCAAGAGCAGCACGUACACUGCAUGCAACAGUCUCCAGUGGUCAGUUGCUGUAGCAGCCAAGUGCGUUGUCAAAAGGAUGCCUGUGGCUGCAAGCGCUGUGCUUUUGGCCUCUCGAUUGUUGCAAGCUCGCACAUAGGCUUUUUCUUCACCCAGGCAUCAAAUGUUAUUUUGCUGCUGCUGCAGAACUCAGGGUGGCCGGAAGUAGUGGACCCAUUAUUCGACCAUUGCUCGAUAGGGUCCACUUGUUGGUUUCUGUUUCCAACGUGA